AUGGGAAAAAUUAAAAACAAUGAUGAUAUUCCCCUUUCUAGUUUGAUAAUCAAGAAUUUUGACCCUUUGUUCUUUUGCAUAGCGGCUGAUAUUCUUCUGUGGAAACAGUGGCAUGUUUCUUUCGGCAUUAUUGUUGUUUCUACAGUAUUUUGGCUUCUAAUUGAGCACUCUGGAUUGCCAUUGUUGACAACAUGUUUGGAUGUCUUGCUGAUUUUGGUUGUCCUAUUGUUUCUUCGUGCCAACUACGCUGCAUUCCGAAACAAGCAACUUCAAACAUUACCGCAGCUGGUACUGUCAGAGGAGUUUGUCAACAACGUAGCAGCAUCGCUUCGGGCGAAAAUCAAUAACACGUUACUUAUGGCCCAUGAUAUCACACUUGGCAAUGAUUUCAAACUCUUUUUCAGGAUGGUGAUCGGUUUGUGGCUUUUAUCCGUCGUUGGUAGCUACGUUUCUUUCUUCACCUUUGCAUAUAUUGGAACAAUCAUCUCAAUAACCAUCCCUGCAUUGUACAGCAAAUACGAUAAACAUGUUGACAGAUACUGAGUGAAUUCUUUCGUUCAUUUCCCCAGGAGGAGUUACAUGUUCUAAUCAUUGAAAGCUCGUGUCCCACA